GAUGAUAGCCUGGAACCGGAGAGCAUGUCCCCCAUCAUCCCCAUCAUCACUGCGGUCUACUCCGUGGUGUUUGUGGUGGGUCUGCUGGGGAACUGCCUGGUCAUGUAUGUCAUCAUCAGGUACACAAAAAUGAAGACGGCGACAAACAUUUACAUUUUCAACCUGGCUCUCGCUGAUGCCCUCGUCACCACCACGAUGCCCUUCCAGAGUACGGACUACCUGCUCAAUACCUGGCCUUUCGGGGAGGUGGUUUGCAAGGUCUUCAUCUCCAUCGACUACUACAACAUGUUCACCAGUAUCUUCACUCUCACCAUGAUGAGUGUGGAUCGCUACGUGGCCGUGUGCCACCCGGUGAAAGCCCUGGACUUCCGUACUCCGAUCAAAGCCAUGAUCAACGUGUGCAUCUGGAUACUGUCGUCUGCUGCAGGGAUACCGGCUUUUAUUCUAGGUGGAACGCAGACAAACAGCGAUAUUACUGAGUGUGCCUUACAGUUUCCAGAGCCAUACGUUUACUGGGACACGUUGAUGAAAGUCUGUGUAUUUGUCUUUGCCUUCGUCGUGCCUGUGCUCAUCAUCACUGUGUGCUACUCCCUGAUGGUCCUCAGGCUAAAGAGCGUACGAAUGUUAUCCGGAUCGCGAGAGAAAGAUCGCAAUCUCCGCCGAAUCACGAGACUGGUGGUGGUGGUGGUGGCCGUGUUCGUGAUCUGCUGGACACCAAUUCACAUCUUCAUCCUGGUCAAGGCGCUUGUGAGCGUGCCUGAAACCACCGCCAUCAUGGCCGCCUACUUCUUCUGCGUGGCUCUGGGCUACACCAACAGUAGCCUUAACCCUGUGCUCUACGCUUUUCUGGAUGAGAACUUCAAACGCUGCUUCAAAGACUUCUGCCUCUCGGCCAAACUGAAAGGAGACAAAGUGUCAGGGAGCAGGAGGGGGUUGAGCACAGUCCGGGAGGUCGCUGUCCCCCUGGAGAACCCAGACCGGACUGGGAAGCCCACAUGACUAGCGGUGGAACUGUCUUCAAUUUCCCACAUUGGAAAAGAAGACUCACAUGACCUGGGUCUGACCCACGUCACGUCAACAAUGUAGACUGAACAUAAAGACUGUAUGGCUGAAGAGGACUCAUUGUUUAGGGACAUGUUAGUUUGGGUUUAAACAGUGCCAACAC